AUGUCGUUGCCAACUCCCAUUUAUAAGUUAAAUGCUGCGCAACAGCACUCCGUCUACGAACCAGCUGAGGACACUUUUCUACUCUUGGACGCUAUUGAGAAAGAUAUCCAGAAACUAAGGGAUUUAUCACCGAACAUAGUCUUGGAAAUCGGCUGCGGAUCCGGUGUUGUGUCUACUUUUGUAAAUCAGGCUCUUGGUGGUGGCGUAACCUCACUAGCCACAGACUACAACCCAGAUGCUCUUGAUUGUACGGUGGAAACUGGACGAUUGAACGGUGUGAAGAUUGAGGCUGUAAGAACUGAUCUCGAUAAUGGAUUGGAUCACCUUGAGGUCAGAUUAUUAGGAAAUCGCUCAUCCCUCUCAAUACUCGUGCUGACUUUCUCUGAAAACUUUAGUUAUAAUGCCAAAGAAAGAUGUUAGAA